AUGACCGACCUGUCUUCAACACUCUCCGCCAUCCUGGUUCAGAGCCAUUCCUCCAAACCGAUCCUAGCUUGCAACCGCGACCUCAGCAGAAACCUCGACGCCUUUCUGAAUGAAGCGUAUCAAAUUAACAAAUCCAUCUCGUCUCUCCUAAGCUAUUUGCACUCUAUACGCACUCCGUACCUGUCCAACGCCGCCCCCCCUCGUCAUGCAAAGAGGGCUGACGCUACUCACGCCGUGACCGGAGCUGCUUUGGCGAACCAGCAUGUGCCCGAACACUUGAGCGAUUCACAACGCGAAGCAAUUGACAGCGAGACUUCCUCGGUCCUCAGGGAAAUCAACAACAAGAUUACCAACCUGUCCUCCGCAGUGAACCUUCAACAUGAUACAGCUACAAAAGUGCUUGAAAAAAAGUAUGGACGGCCGGACGGAUUGCUCUGGCGCUGGGCUGGAGGAGACGGGGAUACUCCAGAUGCCGGGAAGUCUCAAAAGCAGAUUGAAGAGGAAGGGCAAAUCAGGACGACGAAGUCGUUUCGAGACGGUGUGCUGUGGUAUCUGAGCAAGAGGUUAAACGAUGCCGUCCUGGUUCAACAGGAGAUGGUCGAGAAGAGACUGGAACGGGAACGACAAAAGCAAAUGAGUGCUCUCCACGAUCCUCGAAACAAAGGCGUCAGGGCAAGUCGAGAGGCCGAGUUCAACGUAGACGGGCCAGACGCGCUUCCCAAUCGAGACAUGCGAGGUCACGAUGAAUACAAGCCGUGGGUCGAUCCCACACUGAAAGGCCCUGCGCAGGAGCUGUCGGCCGAGCAGUUACAAUUGUUUGAGGAGGAGAACAGGAGCAUAUUUGAACAUUACAACAACCAACUGGCCAAGGUCUCCCAGGUGGAGAAGAGUCUAAUAGAGAUCAGCAGUCUACAGCAGACGCUGGUCGGGCAUCUCAGCGUCCAGGGUGAAAUGAUCGGAACCUUGGUUACAGACGCGGUCAACACGGACGAGAAUGUGCGCAAGGGCAAUCGGGAAUUAAAGAGGGCGAGUGAAAGAGGCAGUACAGCGCGCUUAGUCUUCUAUGCGACGGUCGGGUUCUGCUCAUUCUUGGUGGGUUGGGACCUGAUAUUUUGA